AUUUUGUUAGCAAAUUAUUGAAUCUUGUUUUAGGUUAUAUUCAGCUGCUUUCGUUUAUAUUUUUCUGUCGAUACUGGUAUCAAAAUGUCUUUUCGUGGAAGGGGUGGUGGUGGUGGAGGACGCGGUGGAUUCGGGGGACGAGGCGGCGGUAGAGGCUUCGGAGGCGGACGAGGGCGUGGAGGCGGCGGCGGAGGUUACAGACAGCAAGAUGCUGGACCACCAGAAUCUGUGAUACCCCUGGGACACUACGGCUGGACAGUGCAAGACGAUCUCGUGUGCAAAGUGGACAUCGAGGACGUGCCGUAUUUCAACGCCCCCAUAUAUCUUGAAAACAAGGAGCAAAUCGGAAAGAUCGACGAGAUCUUCGGAAACCUACGAGAUUACUACGUAUCAGUUAAACUGGGGGAGAACAUUAAAGCUAAAAGUUUCAAAGACGGCCAACAGUUUUACAUAGACCCGGCGAAACUUCUGCCUCUGAAGAGGUUCCUGCCCCAACCUCCGGGCGCUAAGCGCGGCGGUGGUGGCAGGGGCGGGCCGCGUGGUGGUCGCGGCGGGGGCGGCAGGGGAGGAGGCGGCUUCGGUCGCGGCGGCGGCGGUGGAUUCGGCCGAGGGGGCGGCGGCCGCGGUGGUGGCGGCGGAUUCGGUCGCGGGGGUGGCGGCGGGUUCGGCCGUGGAGGUGGAGGCGGCUUCGGUCGCGGUGGCGGCGGCAGGGGUGGCGGGUUCCGGGGAGGACGAGGAGGAAGAUAGUCCCGUGCGAAUGGUCUAUUGACUAGAGAAUAUGUGACUAUUGACUAAAGAAUAUGUUGUACUGUAUACGAGUGUAAUGUUAAAGGAGUAUUCAUUGUUACAUUCAGAGUGUCCUCACAUUAAAUAUAUGGCAAAACUUAUAUUCCAUUUAAAAAAUUGCAGAAUAUUACUGCAAAAUUCUGAAAGUUUUUAAACUUUACCUAUUACAUAUUUAUGCAUUUCCCGUACUGUACUGUGUACAUAACAUUUAAAAUCAAAAAUAUGUGAUUAUGCAUAGGUACCGCAAGUACCUAGGUUAUUGAUAUUU